UUAUUAUGGAAAAAUUAGAUCCAUUAUUUAAGCAAUUAAUUAAUAAUCAUAAUGUUCGAGAGCAUCAUGGUUAUUAUAUUACAAAUAUUUUAACUGGAGAAUGUCUUAAUUGUUUUGAUUUUAUCUGGAAUGGAUCAUUUCGUGAUGUGUGCAAGCAUUGCCAUACUGCAAGAAUUUAUGCAACAUCACUUCAGGGUUAUGGUGAUGAUAUAAUAAAAGAUACGAAAGAAAAACUAAUAGCAUAUUUUAAAAACAAUCAGAGAAUUUUACCACCAGAACUUAAGAAUUACAACAUUUAGUACUGAAGUGGCUUUUUUAGAAAUUGUUAAAGAAUAUAAUGAAA